GGAGGGAUAGUCUCGGUGGCUUAGUCUCGGUGGCUGUGGUGGACUCUGUAGUUGACAUAGUGUAGUCGUUCUCUGGGACAAUCAUUCUCACCUGUUUUUCCUAAUGAAUUGCCAUGGCACAGAUGGCAUGCAUGGAUAACGCGUUAUCUAAAUCGCGUACAAUUACACUGAAAUGAAUUAGGGUGUGACAGGGUGCGGGUUGUGGCUAGAUGGUAUACAGCUAUGGUUUAAAAAAAGUUGCACGUUCAAGCCACGUCAGGGAGAAUUUUUGCAUUUUAGCUAACCCCAACCCUUUUCCUAACCUUAACCUAAUUAUCCUAACCUGCUAUGUUAAUUAUCCUAACCUGCUAUGAAAAGUAAAUUCUGCCCGUAGUUUUAUACCAGGGGUAGGCAAUCUUGGUCCUGGAGUGCCACAGGCCCUUCAUGUUUUUAAUUGAGGCGAUCUGAAAGAUCAGGUGUGUUGAAUUUAGGCAAUCGCUGAACUGAUCAAUUAGCUCAGUUGGUCAGGCGUGGUGCCAAGUUGGAACAAACUCCUGUACCUGCAGCACUCCAGGAACAGGGUAACCUACCACUGCUGUAUACCAUCUAAUCAAAACUGUGCGACAGUCAACUGGUUAAUUGGACACAAAGUAGGACACUAAAAUUGGAAAUAACGGAGGCUGAAGUUGCAGGUGCCCCAAAUCAAGGCUGGCAUAUGGAUGGUGAUGUCACUACUCUACCCAGUGAGGGAGAGAAGCAAGUGCGAAACACAGAGACAGAUGAGUCUUCUAGGUUAGAGCAGGAACCCAAUGAAGUAUUUUUGCUCAUGGAUGACCAUGGGUUGCAAGAUGAGUAUGUACAGUCUUUUGAUUGUCCACCAACUCCCACUUCUGGUUUUCUGGGAGUUCUUAGAUAUAAGAGGGAGUCCCAGGACCAAGCACCAAACCCAAGGAACAUCCUCCCAGAGCCUCUCGUGGACUCUCCAGUGAUGUGUGAGUACUGUGGAGAGAAAGCAAGGCCUCCACUUGGACCAAUAUUUGCAGAGGACCCUGAGAUCUUCUGCUGUGCCCAGUACCAGCAGCUGUGUGACAUGCUGGCCCAUGAAAGGUGGCUUGCCCUGCAGAGACCUGAUCAGGAGGAUGACGCAACACUCCCACCUAACAAUCAGCCAACCAGAGAGGAGGAGGAGCUGCAGGCCCAGGCCCGGGACAGAGAGGAGCACAGAAAGCAGGAGCAAGAGCGAGAGCGACUCUACCAGGACACACAGUCAACCCUCCGAUCUGCAGAUACCUACACACCCUUCUCGAGGACCAUCAGCUACCAGCUGUCCACCUGUACAGCCAAAGAGGGACAGUGGACUGUUACACAACAUCCUGGGAUUGAGGAGGUCCUGGAAAAAGAAAAUGGAGACACCCUUUAUGACCAUGAGUCAUUUGAGUUUGGCAUUUCUCAGCAUCAGGAUGGGGCACAAUUUCUGGAGAAGUAUUAUGCCUGUGGGAGCAAGUUUCUCACAGUCUUCCCAGAUGGUUCUGCCCAGGUUUUCUAUCCCUCUGGCUUCUUGGCCCUGGUCAUAAUCUCUGAUGGAAGAGAAAGGGUAUGUAUUGUACAUGAUGACCACUCCCUUGGGCAGCCAAUCAGGGCCCUAUUCCAAUCUGAUGGCAGGGCCACAUGUUACCAUGGCAAUGGUAAUGUAUGGCUGAGCUUGGACAUGUCAGGAGGUCAGUGUCUGAAUGAUGCGGGGGCCAGGAUCAGAAGGUGGAGUUGGAGAGGCCACAGCCAGACGCCCACCCCCCUGCGGCCGGUCUUCCUGUCUUUAAACCGCAGCCUGGGGGUGAGGGUCCUGGGACAGGAACACAUGUUUGUGUCCUUCCUUUCUGCUGGCCAACAGGCCAAGUUCAGUGUGGGGGCCUGUUUGCAGCCAGUGGCUCUGGGGAUGAUUCAGGCUCCAGGUCCAUCCAUAUCCAAGGAGGAGUGUAUUCUAUUGGCUGGACGGAUAAGGGUCCAUCAGGUCAUUAGGCAUCUCCACCACUGCCUGCGCUGCCCCUCCAACCCAAGGCCUCUGAGGGCUGGACUAGCUCCUAGCCUCCUCUCUCUGGCCAAAAGGUUACUGGACUUGAGUUGCUCUCUUCAGCUUGAGGAGCGUGAGAGGGCCUUUGUCCACAGGUGUCUCCAGGAUUGCCUGUGAUCUCUAUACACAAGCAUCAUUAUGUGGAAACAUUGAACAUUUCAGCUCAUUAUGACACCACACAGAUUUGACAAUAGUGAUCCUAUUAAAUUAAUUCCUAAUUAUAUGGAUUUGACUUACAUCACAGCCUACAGUGCCUUCCGAAAGCUUUCACAACCCUUGACUUAUUCCACAUACACGGUGGGAUAAAAAAAAAGGUAAACUAUUUCACAAAAUACUCUGUAAAGUGGAAGAGAAAUUCUAACAUUUGUAUAAAAAAAAUAAUUUGUCUCCCAGUGUUUGUUUGGGGUGCAGACUGAACCAGGUUUUCCGCUACGAUUUCCCAUGUGCUUAGCUCUAUUUUGUUUCUUUUUACCCUAAACAACUCCCAAGUCCUUGCCGAUGACAAGCAUACUCAUAACAUGAUGCAGCCACCAACAUGCUUGAAAAUAUGAAGAGUGGU